UGAAGCGGUUGUAUCUUGGUGGUGCCCCCCAACCAGCCAACCGAACGGCCAACAGAACCCCCAGUUGGUACCACAGCAGCAGCAGCCGCACCAGCCACAAAAGCACCAGCAGAAUCUUCUUGUAAAAUCUCUUUUGCCUUUUUACCCCCAAAAAGCAAGCCAACGAACACAGUGGAUUAUUCCCAAAAUAAUUGUUAACAAUACAAAAAAUCGAAAAGUGAACAAAACACACUAACACAGAGAAUACGACAAAAUAAAGUGCGCGAAAUGUUGUGCAACGUGUAAAAAGAGCCAGCAACAAGGAUCUGAUAACUGUGCAAGGACUGCAAAACGAAACCCAAAGAUACAAACGCAAAGAUACAAACCGCCAGUACACCGCAGUGGCUACCAGUGCACCACACACAUAGAAUCUCCGCAGAGUUCUAAAACGAAAGAUUUGUUCAUUCGUGCUGUUAAUUGAGUGAAAAAAGCCACAACCAUGACAAGAAGACGUUCGAGUCCGCUGGGACUCGAGGCGCUGGUGUCUCUGACGCUGGCCCUGCUGGCCAUAAUGCUGAUACCCACACAAGCCGCACCACUCCAGGAAUACACGGAGAUCCAGCAGUACUCGGAGGGUUGCUACUACAAUUAUGCGCACUACAAUGAGGGCGAUCGCAUCAUGACCAAUGAGCCGUGCCUCAACUGCACCUGCCACAACCGCAUGCUGAUGUGCUACCUGCGCGUCUGCCCCUUCACCAAGCCCAUUGGCCACGAUUGCAUUGUGGAGAAGCGGGAGGAUCAAUGUUGUCCCAUCAUCACCUGUCCAGAGGUGCCCGUGGAUGUGCCCUACCACACGCCGGAGCCCGGCACCGAGCUGAGCAUUCCCGAGAAGUUUGGCUGCAGCAUUGAGGAGAAGUUCUACCCAGAGGGCGCACAGGUGCCAUCGAACCCCAACAGACCCUGCGAGCUGUGCUACUGCAUCAACAAUCAGACCAAGUGCGUCAUGCAGGAGUGCACGCUCCACGUGGACGGCUGUCUGCCCAUCUACAACAAGGGCUCCUGCUGCCCCGUGCGCUACAGUUGCGACCACGAGAACGAGUUGGACUUCCUGGAGACUUCCACCACGACGACAACAACCACGGAGCGACCCACCACGGGCUUUAUUCUGCCCACGACCAUGAUGCCAGCGACAGAGUCCAGCGAUUGCAUCUACAAUGGCGACAUCUAUGCGGACGGUGCCUCCAUCAGGGGCAAGGAUGCCUGCGAGCACUGCUACUGCAUGCGCGGCCACAUGGUGUGCGCCGUCCAGGACUGCCAGAUGCCCAUGAUGGCGGCCAAUGGCACCGCCUGCCGCGCCAUGCCCGCCGCCGAGGGCGAGUGCUGUCCCAACAAUUACAUUUGCGAGGAUGACAGCGCCACCACGGAGAUUGUGGAGCUUACCACAGCCACUCCAGCCAAGGACAUUCACGGCGAGAUCCCGAAGGAGGAUGUGGAUCUGCAGGAGCACAUCGAUGACGAGGAGAAGGAGGAGGACAAGGAGACGGCCACGGAGACUCCCACACUGGAGGAGGGCAGCGGUGAGGUUGAGGAAGAGGAGGCGACGACCACGACAGCUCCAGCAAAGGACUUCAGCUCGACGCCCGAGAGCUCCACCGCGGGCAUUGGCUCGGACUCUAGGAUUGAUCUGUCAGCCAGCUCGACUGAGGCAGCCACUGGAGAUUCUUCCACCUCCACUGAAGCAGCCACUGAUGCCUCAUCCACGGAGACCGCCACCGCAGCCAGCGACGAGGAGGAUGAGGAUGACAUCGUUAAGAUUGUCACCACGCCCGAGCCCGAGGGCAGCAGCGAAGAGGAUGUCUCGAAGCCCACGACGCCCGCUCAGCAGGACAGCACCGAGCAGGAGGAGGAGGAGGAGGAGAUCGUUAAGGUCACCUCUCCAGCGCCAGCCAAGGCCAGUCCCGAGGAAGAUAUCCUCAAGGUCAGCACCACAGCUCCAGCCUCCACCGAUGAAGAGGUUACUGCUGCACCUGCCGAGGGAUCGAGCGAUGAAGAGGAAGCGGCCAAGCCCUCACCUGCCGAGGAAGGCAGCGGCGAGGAGGAUCAGACCAAGGCCACACCCACCACUGAGGAGGGCAGCGGCGAGGAGGAUGAAGUCAAGCCAACGCCUGCGUCUGCGGAGGGCGCUCAGAAGGAUGACAUCAAGCCCACAACUGCAGCAGCAGAAAGCACUGAGGAAGAGGAGGCUAAGCCAACGUCUGCCCCUGCAGUCAGCGCUGAAGAUGAGGAGGAGAAGCCCACAGCAGCUCCAGCGGCAAGCGACGAAGAUGAGGGAGAGGUCAAGGCCACAGCUGCUCCAGCAGUCAGCACUGAAGACGAGGAAGAGGUCAAGGCCACUCGGGCACCAACAGAAACCGCUGAGGAUGAGGGAGCCAAGCCAACAGCUGCCCCAGCAGUCAGCUCUGACGACGAUGAGGCAGCCAAACCCACACCCGCAGUGGUGGAAAGUGAUGAGAUUGAAGCAGCCAAGCCCACCGAAUCCACGGAAGAGGCAAGCGGCGAGGGCGAGGGCGAAGAGGAGCUCAUCAAGGGCACCACGCCAGCGGAGGAUGAGACUGCCAAGGCCAGCACGCCCGCUCCUACGAGCGAGGGUGAAGCUGACAAGGACAUCGACUCCGCUUCGGUUACCACAAGCACCGCCGAACCCUCAAGCAGCGAAGGCGCUGAGGACAUUGCACAGCCCACAACAGCAGCUCCGGUUGAUGCCUCCUCCACAGAGGGAGAAGUUAGCAAAGCCACCACCCCAGCCGACAAAACAUCCACCGAGGAGGAGGCGAUUGCAGCACCAACGACUCCAGUCAGUGCGGAGGAGGAGGAGGAUGAGAAGGAGAUUGUCAAGGCAACCACACCCAAGACCGAGCUGAUCGAUGAUUCAACUGAAUUGACAGCCGAACAGGACGAGGAGCCAGUCACGGAGACAGAGGAAGGCGCCUCCACAGCUGCCACACCGAUCCACGCCUCAUCCACCGAGGCAGCCCUUGGAUCCAGCUCCACCAGUGCACCGGCACUUGCUGGCGACAAGGAUGAGACAGCCACUGAGAGCGAUGAGCAGGCUACCGAAGUCAGCGUGGAUGCAGCCACAGAGCGUCCUGCCGAGGAUGCCUUCAAGACCGGCCCUGUGCAGCCAAUUGCCACAGAGAAGCCUGUUGCGGAAACCUCCACGGAAGCGGAGGAGGCCGACAUUGAGGCAGCCACCAGCACGCCACUUGACAAGGAGCAAGAGCAGCCAGAGGAGACCACAGACAAGGUGCAGAAACAGCCAGAGGAGACCACAGACAAGGCACAGGACGAGCAGAAGGAGGAGGAGGAGACAAGCACCGAUGCAGCCCCAGGCAAGGCCGACAUCAAGCCAACCUCAGGAGCUCCCGAUGAAGCCGCAGAGAUCUCCACCGACAAGCCAAAGCCCGUCUAUCUGCCACCUGUCAGCGAGGAGAAGGACUCCACGGAGACUGCCGAAGAUGCCACAGAAAAGGCCAUCAAGGAGGAGCCAACGAAGCCAGAGGAGUCCACGAGCACACCCCUGGCCGAAGUGGAGCCAUCGAGCAGCGUCUCACCCAGCGGAGAGGAGCAACCAACGACAGUGCCAGCUGUGGCCUCAGAGCAGCCGACAACCCUGCCACCCAGUGCCGAGGAUCAGAGCUCCUCGGAGGCAAUGCCCGCCAUGGAUCUGCCCGCUGCUAUACCCGGAGAAGGCGACUGCCUGGUGGAGGGCAAGACCUUUGCCAACAACACGAAUGUGCCAGCCACCACGCCCUGCGAUGUGUCCUGCAAGUGCGUCAGCAGUUUGGUGUCCUGCCAGCAAAUGGAGUGCAAGGAGCCCGCCAACCGCGAGAAGUGUGUGCUGUCCUCCGAUCUGCUGGCUGGCUGCUGUCCCACCUACAUCUGCGAGGAGAGCCAUGAGGAGGAGACGACUGCCAAGCCCAUUGAGAGGAUCGAUGAGGAUGAGUCGAGUGCCAGCAGCACCGAGGAAAUACCCAAGGAUGUCAUCAUGCCCACGGGCAUUACCGAGCAGCCACUUUCGCAUGUCAAGCCCGAUGAGGAGGUUGAGGCUUCCACAGCCAAGCCACAGGAGGUUGAGGCUUCCACACAGAAGGCAACCGAGAAGCCAGCUGUUGAGUCCGAUGAGGACAAGGCCAAGCCCACGACUGCCACAAGCACAACUGAGACUGAGACUGAGGAGGAAGAGCAACAGAAACCUCUUGACAAGGAGCCCGAGCAGAAGCCCAAGGAUGAUGAGGAACAGAAGGAGCCACAGGGCGCAGCCACAGAGCAGCCAACCACAGCUGAGGCCACCAAGAAGCCGUCUCAAGAGGCAGCCACAACUCCUGCCCAAAAGGAGACUGAAGAUGAAUCGGCAGCCACAACCACAGCUCCCAUCACCACAGAGGAAGAUGAGAAGAAACCAACGGAGGCAGAGAAACCCUCAGAGGAAGAAGAGCAGAAACCCUCCGAGGAAGAGCCCCAAACCACCGAAGAGUCAGCAAUUCUGGGAGCUAAGGCGCCAGUUGCUGAUGUCGAGGCAGGCACUCCAGCCACCACUGCCGUAUCCGAGGAAGAGUCCACAGAAUCCUCCACGGAAGUGCAUGCUCCAGAGUCCACUUCCUCCACGCAGUCACCAAAGACCGAAAAGACGCCCGAGCCAUCGACCAGCGCAUCCGUCGAGGAGGACAUCGAAGAUUUGGACAAAUUCACAACAGUUGCGCCAGCGAAGAUUCCCUCAGAUGAGAAGGAGCCAGCGACCUCUGCCGAAGACAGUUCGGAUGAUGAGGAUGAGCUGCCAGCCACGACAGAGCGUUCGGCGAUUGAAGGAGGUGCACCAGCAUUGCCCACCAGAGCGCCAGCCGCCAAGCCAGAGACACAGCCCGACGAUGCGGAGACGAGUACUGAGGCAGAGCCAGAAAAGGAGCCAGCCAAGGAUGAUGUGGCAACCACCGAACCCAGCGCUGAGGGUGAGAAGGAAACCUCUGAUGAGACACCAAUUGCGACCGUCUCUCCCCAUGGAAUCGAGAGCGAUGCCACGACCACGCCUGCUCCUGCUGCUGAGUCUUCUUCCGAUGAAGACAAGACACCAGAAAGCACAGAAAAGACGCUGCUGGGAGGCGAGCCAGAGGAAGAGACUGCCACAGGUGCCCCAACGCUGGCAGAGACUGCCACUUCUGCUCCUUCCGUUGGAGAGACUGCCACCGGUGCCCCAUCUGUUGGACCCACUUCUGACGAAGAGCCGACCGCCACCACUGACAUUCCCUCGAAGGCUGAAGACGAACAGCAAUCAUCUUCCACAUCUGCUGAGAUCGAGCCUGAAUCUGAUCGUACCACAACUCCUGCUCCUGCCACAACUGCUGCUUCUCCUGCCGACAAGGAGGUGUCCGCUGAGCAAUCGACGACAACUCCCGCCUCUGAUGAGAGCGAGGAAUCUCCCGAAACCGAAGUUGAAGUCGAAGCCACAACAGCUGCUCCCUCUGAUGAGAAGACGCCCUCAGUUGGAGUUACUUCCGAGCCAGAGCAGGAUGAGACUGCAGCUGCAACUGCUGCUCCUGUUGCUGACGAAGAACGCACUGAGAAGCCCGAGGAAGAAAAGGAAACAGAUGUAGAGAAGGAGUCUGACAUUGAAGGAUCUACUGCUAGUCCUUCAGCAGCUUCAUCUCCAGCGACUGACGAGGAAAUCGAAGAUGUAUCCACCGACAAAACGCCUGCCCAGGAGGCAGAGCAGAAGCCUGAAGUACCCACAACCUCCACAGAGGAAGAGGAGGAAGCAACAGCAACAGCUGCACCUUCCGAUGCACCAAAACUUGGCGAUGUUCUGCCUUCAUCCACUGAGGCAUCCACAGAGCAGGAGCGUGAAUCGACUGCUGCUCCCAGCCUGGACGAGAAGGAGGAACCUGCAGUCACCUCGGCGCCAGCUGCUGCUAUUGAUUCGGAUAUCACCACCAUUGGCCCCGUCUCUGAAGAGGAGGAGAAGCCAAGCGAGGAGGAAGAGAAACCAAUCGAUGAAGAGAAACCAACCGAAGGCGAGACCCCAGCAGAGGAGGAUCAAUCCACUGAGGCACCAACGAAGCUGGCAACUCCAGCAGACAAAAUUGGAGACCAGCCCGAAGAUAAAAUCUCUGCCACAACUGCCGCUCCUGCCGAAGGAUCCACCGAAUCCAGCGAUGAAAUUGUUCCAUCAACCGAAUCCCAGCCUGAAGAGGUGCCCGAAGACAAACAGCCUUCGUCGACUGCCCAGGCACCAGUGGACAAGACACCCGAAGCGUCCACUGAAGUGCCAACUGACAGCACAGUCACCACCGUUGCUCCCGCCUCAGUGCCAGCCGACGAGCAGAAACCUGCGACAUCCGUUGAGGAUGAGGAGAGCACCGAAGCUGCCAUUGGUGUCACUGAAGCUGCCGUCGAUACAAAGAAACUGCUGCCAACUCAGAAGCCCACAACUGCAGCGCCAUCCAGCGAAGAGGAGGAGGAAUCUGUCACAGAUGCCCAGAAACCAGCGACGGAGGAGCCAGAGAAGGAAACGGAAGUUGAAGCCUCAACGGAAGUGCCACAACUGGGAGAUGAAGAUAUUUCAACAGCCACAACUGCGCCAGCAGCGGAGGAGGAAGAGGACAAGGCUGACUCCACCACAGUUGCGCCCGUCAAGGAGCAAGAUGAGGAGCUCACGCCAAGCGCUGCCACACCUGCCACAGACGAAAAGGAAACUUCCGAAAAGGAGGAGCCCGCUGUGGCCUCUAGCACAGUUGCACCUACCAAGGCGGAGGAGGAAGAUCUCACACCCAGCGCUACACCUGCCACAGACAUCAAGGAAACGUCCGACAAGGAGGAACCAUCCGUGGACUCUACAACUGUUGCUCCCACCAAGGACAGCGAUGAAGAGCUCGCAGCCAGCGCUACUCCUGCCACAUCUGAAAAGGAUGAACAGGAAGUCGAAUCGAGCACGAAGCUUCCUCCCACCGAUGCAUCCGACGAGCAGCCAAUCGAUGAGGCAGCUGCCCCAACAGCCGCACCCACUGUGGAUGAGUCUGAGCAACCAACGAGCACAGCAGCCACUUCCGUCAGCACACCCGCUGCCGAUAAGGUGUCAGAGGCUGAGGCUGAGGAUGAGGAUGAGCUUGAUGUCACCACCGCUGGCAGUCCAGCUGUGUCCGACACCAAGGAUGAAACGACAGCCACCACUGUGUCACCACUUGCCGACGAGCAGGAAGCAGCUGGCACGCCACAGGACGCCGCCAAGACACCAAUUGAAAGCUCCACAGCAGCGCCCACUUCCGAGGCAGAACAGGAUCAGACGGAGGCAACGCUUGAGGCCUCUACUGCUGCUCCAGCUGUGCCUGAAGCUGAUUCCUCAACUGCCGCUCCAGCCGCAGCCGAAACUGAUUCCUCAACUGCUGCUCCUACCCUGCCUGAAGCUGAUUCUACUGCUGCUCCUGUCGAUGUGCCUUCUGCUGAGGAGAUCGACACGAAGCCCAUGGACGAUGUCAUGUCCCAGACUGCCGCUCCUGCUACAGAGGAUGACAAGACGCCAGCAACAGUCUCCCCCGUGGAUCACGAUGUUGAGUCCAGCAGUCCUGUCUCCGAAGUUGUGGGAGAAGAGAGCACGGAGCCAGCUACCAGCGCUGCUGAUGCUGAUGCUGAGGAUACCACGGAUCAGUCGGCAGCUGGUGCCAAACUGAAGCCACCAACUGCCGCGCCAGCAACCCCAGCUGAAGCCGCUUCAUCUACAGAGGCAACCUCAUCUGAAGCCGCCGUCACGGAGGCUGACAUUGUGCCGGAAACAGCGUCACCCGAACUGGAGAAGGAAGUCAUCGAGAAGACCUCAACUGAACAGCCACAAACGGACAGGACCACGGCAGCUCCCGCUGUCAAGCCAAGCUUGGACUCCACUGAAGAAGGCGAGGAAUCCGUUGAAUCCGAGGAGGAUCAGACACCAGUCACAGAGGCGGCCGAGAAGGAGGAGGACGAAGACAAGGAGUCCGAGGAGACAGACAAGAAGUCCGACACCGAAGAGCCCGAAGCUGAAGUGCCUGCAGUCGUCUCAGAGCUGCCACAGAGCACGACCACGCCUGCAGCCCUGGAUGAGACAUCGUCGGAGACCUCCAGCGAGGAUGUUGCCACAGAGCAGGCAGAUCUUGCCACAAUUAUUACCACAAUGCAUCCACUGUUUGCGCACCUGCCAAGCUCCACCAAGAGUCCAGCAAUUGAUGGACGUGUGGGCGAGGAAGAUGCCACAGAGGCGACUACCACAGCCAAGCAGAGCACUGAGGCACCAACCACCACGAGCAGCACCACCAGCUCCUCCACGACAGCAGCGAGUGCCAUUACACAUCCACCCUAUGGACAUGCGCCCGAGUACGAGGACGAGUACGAUGAUGAGGAUGUGUUUGGUCCUGGCACCUGUCGCUACGCUGGCAAACUUUACGUUUCCGCACAGCAAAUACCACGUGACGAUCCCUGCGAUUUCUGCUUCUGCUUUAGGAGCGACAUCAUCUGCCUGCAGCAGUCUUGCCCGCCGCCAAUUGCCGGCUGCCACGAGGAGCCCAUCUCAGGCUUCUGCUGCCCGCGCUACGAGUGUCCCGUCUCCAUGGCCGCUGUGCUCAACAUAACGACGAGCACAACCACAUCCACGACCACUCUGCCACCGCUAUUUACAGGCUUAAGCAGCAGUACCAAUGUGAGCAAUGAGGGUUGCCUCAUGGACAAUCGUACAUACCAGGUUGGCCAGGUUAUUGAGUCGAAAACGGGUCCCUGCAUGCGCUGCACUUGCGGCGGCGAUGGCCAGAUGCAAUGCGAUCCACAGCAGUGCAUUCCCGGUCCAACUAUGCAGCAAAUAAUGGCCACCACUGCGGCGGGCCGCAAGAGAUGAACCACCAACAGCCAUGCUCACUAAAUAUAAUUUUAACUAAUGUUUAAGCACUGCAGACAAACAAUCACACAACAAAAGCAGACGAACCAAUCCCAGAACACAAUUAACAGAGAAACAGAAACCCAGAAAGAGAAACCCCAGAACCCAGUAUCAGAAUCAGAACCUUAUCAAAACGUAUGUACUAUAUGUAUACGUAUACCUAGGUGCCAAAACUAAUGAGGGACACUGUACCGCAAGGCUCGGCACGCGUGCAAUCACAACGGAACAUUGCAAUGCAUUGGCAUUGGUAUUAGUGUGCGUGAGCGGCAGCACCGCGGCAGAGCGGCCGUGCCGAGCCCUGCUGUAUCGAUAUGCAAUAGGAAUCAAUUAUAUUUUUGCACUCUUUGUUUCAAUUUGAUUUAAAUUAUGGCAAUUUGCUUUCGGAUUAGGUUAUUUGGUGACGAAGCAAACAGUGAUAUUGUACUGUAUACAUAGUAUAGGUGCAAUUAAUUUAGAGACGCGCUCACUUAAAAUGAAUUACUUAUGUAUUUUGUAUUUGUAUUUUGUAUAACACACACACACACCCCAGCCAAGCAACCAACCAACCGUCGCGCGUGCCUUGUAAAGUCGUUCAUUGUGCCCGCCGCCAUAUACAAAUCGCUUUCAGGAGACUCUCAACACACAAAAAGCAAAAGCAA